GUGUCUGGUUGCAUCUGAUGCACAUGUUGGGAUAGUGUCCUCAACUGCAGCCACAGACCAUGAACUGCAAUCGUUGUCUAUUAGAGCCGAUUCCAAUUUGUCCGUGAAGUCAAGAGGCGAUGAUCGUGAUGUUCUUUUUCCGGGGGAAAGCUCUAUUUUCGAGGUUCAGGUUAAGGCCUACUUGUUAGAUCCCCAUCCUCGUCCCUUCUGAAUCGUAUCGUGAUGGCUGAAUAUCAGCAGCAGUCUGGUACUGGAGUUGGGGCACUUCCUUCAGUGGUUCAAGGAUUACAAGGGGCUGAAGCGAAUGCACUGCAGCUCAGAAUAAAGAAUUCAGUCUGCAAAACUGUACAAUCAAAGGUGGAUUGCAUUUUGCAAGAUGUGGAGAAGCUUACAGACAUUGAAAAACUCUACCUCUAUCUCAAGUUGCCUUCUGGACCCAGCAGUGGCAAUGAGAAAAGUGAGCAGAGCUCCAUGUCAUCAAGUCGUGCCCAGCAGAUGCACGCAUUUAGCUGGAUUCGUAACCACCUUCAGGAGCAUCCCGAAACCUCGCUGCCUAAACAGGAAGUCUUUGAUGAGUACAAGAGUUAUUGUGAUAGCCUGGGGUAUCAUGCUCUCAGUGCUGCAGACUUUGGAAAGAUCAUGAAGAACGUCUUUCCCAACAUGAAGGCGCGUCGACUUGGCAUGCGUGGCAAAUCCAAAUAUUGCUAUAGUGGACUGAGGAAAAAGACUUUUGUGCACAUGCCCUCCCUUCCCAACUUAGAUCUUCACAAAUCAGGUGAUGGGUGUGAGGUGUUUGAGCCUACUGGUCAGCUGUUUUGUGAAGAAGAUGAUGUGCGCAUGGCCUCUUGUGGUUUGGUGUGCGAAUGGGCACAGAAAGUGCUAAGUCGCCAGUUUGACAGCGUUGAGAAUCUGGCUCGGUAUCUUCUGAACAGCCACUAUAUUGGAACGAAGUCUGUUGCUGCACUUACUGUGAUGACCGGUUCCCCCUCAGGAGCAAAUAUGUCCUUGCAGUCAUCUGCAUUUGAUUCCACGGCUGAUGCACACUCAUUCCAGCCUCAGGUUAAAACCCUGGUCUCACCCUCUGUAGAUGCUAAACAGCAGUUACAGAGGAAGAUACAGAAGAAGCAGCAAGAACAAAAGCUGCAUUCUCCACUCCCAGGUGAAGCUCAGGCCAGGAGGGCAGAUGGGGUCACAACUCCUGGGGCAGGGACAUGCAUACCCUGUGGAAGUCCUGCUCUUCUCUCAUCUCAGCCUAUUGGGAUUGUGGUGGCAGCUGUUUCCAGCCCCAUUACGAUUCAGAGGAGUAGGCAGAUGACGUCUCCUAGCCUUGUUCCUGUAGCUGCUGCAGAAAGCAAAGUUCUACCUGUAAACUUUCAGGUGGUUACCCAGCCUGUGAAGCAGUGCCCAAAGACUCCUCAAAACUUCCCUGCUAGUCCAGUCAGCGACCGGUUAGCCCGUCACCGGUAUGCCCAAAUCCUGCCCAAACCAUCUGCCUCAAGUGGCAUAGCCAUGCGCUCACCAACCCUUCUCAUCACUAACAGCCCCAUCAAGACUGUAAUGUCAGCUCCCCACAUUAGUUCGGUCAACGUGGUCAAGAUGACAACCAUAUCUCUGGGGUCCAGUGGCAGUGGGAUCAUCACACCAGCAGAUACACCUACUAGUAACAAAGUCAGGCCUGCAUCUGCUGGAGUUGCCAGCCACAGCGAUGAUCUUCAACCAGUUACACGUGUUCGCAGCGGGUCAAUAGCUGCAAUGCCUUCUGUUUUGGCAAGGCCAGGACGCACAACUACCACAACACCUGUCAUUGAAACCAAGACAAAUACUAAAGCCAUAAUUGGGAGAGGUCAACCACAAGGUGGUACUAGUAGGCUGGCUGCCACUCUGGAAGCCACUGGUGGUGUACAGCAUUCAGGAUUGCUCAAACCUAGAGCGGCUAGCGUACCCACUCCUUUGAACACUAUAACAGGGACCAAAUGCAAUGGAAGGACAUUCCCUGGUGGCAAAACUCUGGCUGCUGGCAGCAAUAAUAACUCCAACACUAAUAACAGCACUUUGUACCUAAACACAACCAAUCAGACCACAAUUAGCACUCAGUCAAUCAGUGGUAAUGCAGCUGUGAUGUCACCUAAAGAUACAGUGUUUGCAUCCAAGAGCCCUCACAAGAGACCUGGCUUAUGCACUGAUUUGAGCCCAACACCUAUUAAAAAAGCCCUCAUCUCUCAACUACCUGCAGGUGGAUCUGAUGUACCUAAGGCAGAUAUAGUGGGGAAGCAAAUUUCAAGAUUGUGCACUCCAGUCAGGCCAGAAAGUGCACCAUUCACAGCAACAGGCAAAGCUACAGCAGCUCAGGUAAGGACUACUGGGUUCAAGACAGAUCGCAGGCCACAAAAUAUCUCCCAGGACAGAUGGGAAGGAUCCUCAUCAGUAAUGGAUUAUAGAGUUCAUGCCACCUCUAAAACAAACAUCUCUUGUCAGGACAUUUCAAUUGGGAAUACCAUGUGUCAGGCUGUUUGCAGGCCACGAAGCAUCUCCCAAUGUAGAUGGGAAGGAUCUUCAUCAGGUGUAGAAGGUAGAGUUGUGGUCACCCGCACUGUUAGUGCUCCAGGUCAAGCUUUGCUGCAAAAAGGAGCCAAAAACUCACAAGAUUUGCUUGUAGACCAGUCUGACUCUUCUGCAGUAUGUGAACUGAAUAGUGUGUUUUGGGAUAAUGAGCCGCAAGAUGGCUCUCAACGCCAACAACAAGAAGUUUAUGGACUACAGAUUGUGUCUGAGCAAGAGCAGAAGCAAAUGGCCACCCCAGUGAUGGAGCCCCGUCCAGUGAUUCUUCAAGCCUCUCCAAACAACCAGCAGGCUCAGAUGAGUGAAAAUGAAAGCCAGUCAAAUGUCGGCUUCUUCCCCUUUAAUGAUGAUGACAUGACCCAGGAUAGCAUUGUAGAGGAACUUGUACAAAUGGAAGAGCAGAUGAAAAUGAAUGAUAGUAUGCAACAUUUUGGCAACUGUGUGAAUAUUACACUGCAAGGCCAACAACAAACCAUGCAGAGUACCAUGAUGUCCACCCGCCAGACCAACACUCUGUACUACAGCUCAGCUCAAAGCAGUAGCACUCCAAUCCAAACACUCACCCCAACACCUACCCCAACUUCUGAGAUGAUGGGUAGUGGCCAGGGAUUGAUGCAUGAAAGCCCCUGUUCUCACAUAUUGCCUACCACUCCUGCUGACAGUGCUCUUGGAAGUAGUCGCCAUACUCCUAUUGGCACUCCACACUCGAACUGCAGCAGUAGUGUCCCACCCAGCCCUGUGGAAUGCAGGAACCCGUUUGCAUUUACUCCAAUUAACUCAAGCAUCACUGGAUUCCAUGAUGGAAGCACUCUAGUUUCCUCUAGCCCUGUCAAGCCUAUGCAAAGACCAAUGGCAACACAUCCAGAUAAAACUAAACUGGAGUGGAUGAACAGUGGCUACAGUGCCAGUGGUGGGAACUCCAAUAAUUGCAUUAGCAUUUUGCCCAGCUACCAAGAUCUGGUGGAUGACCAUUUUCGAAAGCCUCACGCCUUUGCCGUCCCAGAUCAGUCCUGUCAGUCGGAAUCCAGAAACCAUGAAACACAUAUCAGCCACUUGACACCCAUUUCCCCUGUCCAGCAACAAGUGGCAAGCAUGGCCAUUCUUAAUAAGCAGGAGGGUUUUGCUGUCCCAGCCCCCCUUGAUAACAAGGCCAGCACCACCUCCUCAGGGUCAAAUUUUCGUUGCCGCAGCGUUAGCCCAGCAGUCAGGCAGCACAACUUAAGUGGGACCCAAACACCCAAUGUCCCUCGUGCUAUGGUCUCUCCAUUCAAUUCACCUGUGACACGUGAAGCGCUCAACAUUUUCACUAACAGUGACACUAAUGCAAGUGUCAGCAGCAUUGCACAGAGGAGUCAAUCAGUUCCUCUCACCGUUAUGAUGCAGUCUGAGGUUCUACCAACGCAAGUAGGCAGCCAGCAGAGUAAUACCAAAAAUAUCACCAACAUCCUCAUCAGCAAAAUGGAUAGUAAUGGAGAUGACUCUGUACGUGGCCUCGGCAUCAACAACAUGCCCUCAAACUACACUGCCCGCAUGAAUCUCACCCAGAUUCUGGAGACCACCACCAUGUCCAGCUUCCCUGGCAGUGCCAGCCACCAAGCUAUGAACUCAACUCGUUCAUCAGCCUUUGAGUCCCGAAAGCCUGGUUACCUCAUUAAAAAUGCCAGGGAGGAGCCCAUGAGCUUCUCUUCAGUAGAAAGCAGAGCACAAUCAGCCUCAAGGCAGCACCAGCCACCACAGCAGCAGCACUUAGGCAGGCGGCAGCUCCUUAGGCAGGAUCAGCAGAGUCAGGACAUGCUGUUGCCUCUACAGCAAAACCUUCAACAUCAGCACCAGCAAUGCUUGGAUUUAGACAACACUGUUAAAAAUCUUCUAAAUGAGGAAGGCUUGAAUGCUGGCUCACAGCUCUUGGGCCAAGGAUCAGAACUCAGUGCUGGGGCUUCAGUGUUUCCCAGCAAAAUGCGACUAAACUCUGAGCUCUCCAGUUGCAUAAAUGAUUUAAAUAAUUUGGACACCAACCUUCUUUUUGACCCCAGUCAACAGCAAGGACAAUAUGAAGACUCAACACUGGAAGAACUGAAGAAUGACCCACUUUUUCAACAGAUUUGUAAUGAGACUGUGAAUUCUGCUGGCUUUGACUGGUUGGAGAGCAAAGACCAGGCAACAGUGGAAAUGUUGGGUUAAUUUGUACUUUUGUAUUGUUUUAAUAUUUGGAAAUGUUUUAUGUAUGUAUUUUUUAAAUCUAAUCUAUGUCUGUAUUCACUUAUGUGCAACACCCUACAGUAAGUCCCUGGAUAUCAUGACACAGGUCCAUAUUGAAGUGGCAGGCUGAACAAAAAUGUAUCUUUCAAGAAUGCUCAGCCUUUAUCAAAAUGGUUUGACAGUCUAAUUUGUCACCUUCUCUCCUGCACCAUUUUUACAAAGAAGACCCAUCUCAGUUUUUAUGCCUCAACAUCUUUUGUUUUGGACUUAAAAACACAUACUUGUGUUGAGAUUUCACCAGCUGUAUGACGUGCUGUGCCUCAUUCAAUUAGCUUUUUCAAGCUAUUAACAUGAAAUCGGUGCUUCCAUUUGCAGACAAGUGACAGCUUUGACUUUUUUUUAUAUACUGUAUAUAUUUGUAUUGUGCUUCAGUAAAUAAUACAGAUGGGUCUGACCCACUUAGGAAUAAUAUGUGAAGUGCAAAAAGGGAAGAUCACAAGCUAUGUUAAGCUUUCAGGUGAUGUUUAAAGAAAUUCACAAUAUUAACUUAAAAUACAGCAGCUUAUACCCGCAGCAGCUCCUCUUAAAGUUAUAAUUAAUUGCACACCAAUAUCCAAUAUUAGAAUUUGUCAUAUAAACCCAAAGUAAGAUCAAUUAAAUUUGAGCUUUAUUCUUAACUAGUAUGUCAAUUAGGAAAAAUGCAUUUAUUUGCACAAAAUAUUUUUUUAUGUUGGGUGGAUGCUUUAAUGCUCAAAAUGAAUAAAUGAGUGCACUUUUGGUUUGUAAAGUUCUAUGUUCUACUAAUUAACAAAAGUGAAAUCUAUAAAAAAGAUCAAUAUUGACCCAAUGAGAGAGUGUUUAUGUGACAUACGCUUGCUUCCCUAUACCUCAGGUUUCCCCAACUUUAAGUGAAUGAUUUAAGGGGAUUAAUCUGAUUAUCCCCAACAGGUUGGGUUUGAUUUAUACACAAUCAUUGAAAACUAAUUGCACUGAUUAUAGCUCUAGCUAGCACCUUUUAUAUUCUAUUUGCAACAUGACUAUGGUUGAGGAAAGUUGUACAGUUCUUGUUUGGAAGUAAUGGAAUGGAAGUAUUAGAAGCACCAAUGGCGGUAAGAGCAACUAUUUAAACCAAAAGGCCGAAGUGGAGUUUUGUCAUGGAAAACAAAAUAUUUUAGGAAAGCUCUAUCAAAACUUUAUCCCAACUGUUUGUUUUGUUAUUUACUAUGCAUGUAUGAGGCUCAGAAAUAGAUAAUUUUGAACCUGCAUUGUAUUAAGUUCCCCUCCAAUUGAUGUUUAUCAUUCAGCAGUUUGCAUAAAUGAGAUUCAGUUAUUGUAAGAUCUAAGUAUAUGCUCUUGUGCACCAAAUAGACUAUUAGACAUGAAGUUUGUGGAGGAUUUUCAGAAUGCACUUGCCUCAUUUUGCCAUUUUUCAAUUACGUUUCUCUACUUGAGCAACUUGAUUUGUGAUGAAGAGGCUGUUCCCUCUAAUUAAAUAUUUUUCACAACUCACAAAAACUGAGAAACUAAAAUAGCCAAAUUUUAUUAGUAGUAAUAAAUGAGCUCUGUGUGGACCCUGGGUAGCUCAGCGAGUAUUGACGCUGACUACCACCCCUGGAGUCGCGAGUUAAAAUCCAGUGCAGGCUGAGUGAUGCCAGCCAGGUCUCCUAAGCAAAGAAAUUUGCCAGGUUGCUGGGGGGUAGAGUCACAUGGGGUAACCUCCUUGUGGUCGCGAUUUAGUGGUUCUCACUCUCAAUGGAUCGCGUGGUAGCAUGAGCCCCCAAAUGCUGUGAUUCUCCGUGGUGUCAUGCACGAUGAGCCAUGUAAUAAGAUGCACGGCUUGACGGUCUCAGAAACAGAGGCAACUGGGACUUGUCCUCCGCCACCCGGAUUGAGGUGAGUAACAGCACCACAAUGAGGACCAACCUGGUGGGAAUUGGGCAUUCCAAAUUGGGAGAAAAGGGGAUAAAAUAAAUAAAUUAGCUCUGUGCAAAUUUCAUCAGACAGACCCCUGCCAUUUUCUAUUCAAAUUUAUUUCAAAAGGGCCAUUACUGUACCAUGUUGUAGGCUACUUAAGUACUUUAUAUGCUUUCAAAACAUCAGAAUGUAAGAUCCACUUUUUUGCUGAGUGUGGUAGAUAUUGAAGUCCAUCUUAGCCUUACUUCCAUACCAAAGAACAGCUUUGAUAUUAUUGAGAAAUAUUUUGAAGGAUUAACUUUUUAGUUUCAUCACCUUCAAAUGUAUAUCUCCUCCCAGCUUUUAAAGUACUUUUAUAUUUUCAGAAAUAUCACCCAUACUGGUUCAAAUUGGGCCAAGAUUGGGGGUUGAGCAGGGAGUCUAUUUUGUGAAUAAUUGUGUAAUUUGCAUAGCACUUAAACUUUAUUUACAGAUCAUGCCAUACUAAAUUGUCAUGGUAUAAUUUGGUAAUGCUUUAUAGCAGGGGAUUAAUGCAGUGGACUAUUGAAGUUCCAUUUGUUUUGAUGCUCUGUAAAUAUGCUCCAUUUAUAAAAUAAAAAAGACUAUACCAACUUGACUAAUAUUCAUAUUGAUAAUAUGACUGUGAUGAUGGUGGUCAAUAAACCCAAACAAAUGAGUCUUUUUUUAUUAUUAUUAUUGAGCCAAUGAAUAGUAUUAGUAUCUCUUGUAUAAAUAUAGUUUGUUUGAGUUUUCAUUUUCAAACAUUUUGUCUUUGUUCACACCCUCAUGUUUAUUUUUAUUUGGCUUCCAGGUUUUUUUUUUUUUAAAUAGCAUUUUGCCUUCUUGCAGCAGAAUGUGCUUUUGUGUGAGAAUAUAGCAUGGAUUUUUAAAUAUGUGUUUAUAGUAACCAAUUGCAUAUCUUUUUGUCAUGGGCAGCGAUCUAACAGAAACACUGGAAAUGUAAUUACUGAAAAUUCACGAAAGCUGGAGGUUCAUUGUAUUGCACUAAUUUCUCAUAUGAGUUAAGGCUUUGAGAAUAAACAUAAACCCCCAGUAUACCGUUUCAAGGGGGGGUUCAAGAGAUUCAUUUAGUAUUGAAUUUCCUUGUGUUUUUGAGCCCUUUGAUCUUGAGUGAGAAGUUCUCAUGAGUGAAAGCAAUUAAACAGUUUAAGCACAAAUAUUUAAAGAAUCAAACCUUUAUUACAUCAUCAAUCAUUAUUGUGCAUUUGUUCACUGUACAUAAUUGCCAUGACGCUUUGCGGUAACCGUAGUAUUUCUGUGCAUCAGAAGGGAAU